AUGCAGCCCAACGGCCUUGUUGAAUUACAAGAAAAGCUUCUUUGUGAUAUCCUCCUAACGGAUGGAAAUCAGAGAAUAAGAAGCGAGGAUUAUGGAAUUGAGGUGAUAAAACGGCGAGCAUGGUGUCGAAGGGUUCUUCUUGUUCUCGAUGAUGUGGAUAACAUCAACCAACUGAGGGCAUUAGCCAUAAAUCGUGAUUUCUUACGUCGUGGAAGUAGAAUCAUAAUAACAACCAGAGAUUUGUCUUCAGUUAGUUCGCUUGAAAUGAAUGAGGUAUAUAUGCCUCAAGAGUUGAACAACGAGGAAUCUCUUCAACUCUUCAGUUGGCAUGCCUUUAGAAGUUACCGUCCUGUACAAGACUAUGAGAUCCUCUCUGAGAAAGUAGUAAGUUAUGCUAAAGGGCUUCCUUUAGUUCUUGAAAUUUUAGGUGCCUCUUUGUUGAACAGCACCAUAGCUGAAUGGAAAAGUGAAUUGAAGAAGUUGAAAAAGAUUCCUCAUAUGGAUGUUCAAAGAAAACUUGCGUUGAGCAUGAAUUCACUUGAUGAUGAACAGAAGGGUUUAUUCCUUGAUAUCGCAUGCUUUUUUGUUGGAAUGGACAAAGAUUUUCCAAUCAAACUACUAAAAGGUUGCGGUUUUUUCCCAGAAUCUGGAAUUGGGGUUCUAUCUCGUCGUGGUCUUGUGAGCAUUGAUGUGCUUAACCGACUGAGGAUGCAUGAUCUGAUUCAAGACAUGGCUAGAGAGAUUGUCCGCCAAGAAUGUCCUGAAGAACCGGGCGAGCGUAGUAGAUUGUGGUAUCACAAGGAUGCUCUUGAUGUACUGAGAAAUAACACAGUAAGAGCCGAAUGCAUGAAUUAA